AUGGCUUUACCGCGGAACAUGUUUGCUGCCUCGCCGCAUUUUCAACAUCCAGAUCAGAUGCGGCAGAUGCGGCACUUUCAGAAGAAUUGUUUCGGCGCCAGCGCGGAAAUGGCGAAGACCGCCGGAGGCCGGCAACGGACACGUGGCGCCGAAGCUGAAGGCCUGCGGAAGGUGCAGGACCACACUCCCAUCGAGAACGGCAAGGACCACGCCAUCCCGCAGGAAGUGGCGCGCGUGUCCGUGUACGAGCAGGUGAAGCGCAAAGAUUGGGGCCAGUCCUUCUACUAG